UGCGCGAGGGGCGGGGCGGCGCGGGCGAGCGCGCGGGAAGGCGGCGGCGCCCGCCAUGGAGGUGAGCCACUCCCUGAAGGAGCGCACCAUCGCCGAGAACAGCCUGGUGAUCCUGCUGCAGGGCCUGCGCGGCCGCGUCACCACCGUGGAGCUGCGCGACGAGAGCGCGGCCGCGGGGCGCGUCACCAGCGUGGACGCCUUCAUGAACGUGCGCCUGGCCGAGGUGACCUUCACGGACAGGCGGGGCGCCGUGUCCCGGCUGGACGAGCUCUUCGUGACCGGCAGGAACGUCCGCUACGUGCACAUCCCCGACGAGGUGGACAUCCGGGCCACCAUCGAGGAGCAGCUGCGGGCCAUCCACAGGGUGCGGUUCUUCGGGGGCCGCGACAAGGGCCGCAGGGAGUUCCCUCAUGCCAAGCACAAGUGAGAGGACGUGGCGCUGCCCACGGCAGCCGGCACGGACCCGGGAUGGGCCUGCGAUGGAGGUGCCCCUUUGAUGGACUGCCAGCUCCCUCCGUCCCACGCCGCGUCCCCCCACCUGCAUUCUCCCCCAGGGAACUGAGGGUCUUGCUGUUCCCCCCAGCUGCAGAGGAGCGGGACUGGUUUUUGUAGUGAAUAACACCACUUGAAGGCUC